UACAUGCGCACUCUCGCGUUAUUAAUUGGGAAAAGUUAUAUAAAUAAACAGAUGGAGAUUCUAUAAGAUAACGCAGCUGUUUUUUUAGAGAAGGUUGGAACAAACUGUGACACGAAUGUAUAGUAUGAACUAAAAAGUAUAAACUAUACAUAGCAUUUUUUUCGGGGAAAAUAUUACAUAUAUAUAAAUAAUCAAAAACGCCAGAUUAAAUGCUGGAAAGCUGAAUAAAAUAAUGAAUAAAACAAAUAAUACAUUUGCGGACAUUUAUUCCUACGAAGAUUUCAAAAUGGAUUAUUAUAAUAUUUAUUAUGAUGGAGAUAUAGAAAAUCUUAAGUCGCUAUGGGUACGCGAACCUCAUUUUAUACCUUUGAUAACAAUUUACACGUGUGUGUUUCUGUGUGGGGUCGUCGGAAAUGUGCUUGUACUGUUUGCUAUACUGGGAAGCAAAAAGACUCGAAAUGUAACGUUCCUGUUUAUGAUGAGUCUUGCUGCUGGAGACCUGCUCUUUGUCUUAGUAUGUGUGCCUGUAGACAGCCUUGGGAUGUUAAUAGGACACUGGGCUGGAGGUCGCGUGUUCUGUAAACUGUCAGGAUAUGUGGAGAUGCUGUCGGCAAUGGCCUCAAUAUUAAACCUAACUAUAAUCAGCGUGGAAAGAUAUGUCGUGAUAGUGAUGCCUCUAAAGUCGCGACGAAAUUGUACUGUUGGAAGGACCAGACGUUUACUCGUUCUGCUUUGGCUUGCUGCGAUGGUAUUGUCAGCACCCAGUGCGAUUGUCAGGGACAUAGCUGUGACAACAUUUUUCAACAACGAAACUGAAGUUCAGACGAGUAUUUGUGGUGAACAUGCCAGUGACGAUAUUCUACUUUCAUUUGCUAUAUACCAACUUGUGGUUAUGUUUGUCCUUCCGUCUCUUAUAAUGGCGUAUUGUUACACCUUUGUGAUACACGCAUUAUGGAUAAGCAGACAUACACUUUCUACAUUAACAUAUAAACAAGAUAGCAGAAGUAAUUUGUACAGAAAUAACAGGUUCACAAUGAAUUCCCAAAGUCUUAAAGUAAACACAAACGGAUUAUCCCCGACUCAGAGUAGGAUGUCUGUAGCGGCUUCACCGUCUGGAAGUGUGAAGAUAAAAAUGUGUUUGGCAGUCGACAACAGAAACAAAGCCUUAAAGGCAAGAAAACAGGUUGUGAAGAUGUUGGUUACAGUCGUGGUGAUGUUUCUACUAUGUUGGGGACCAAAGCUCAUAUUACAGGUUCUGAAAAGUUUACAACUAGAAGCUCUGUACUACCCUGAAGUAUUUCAAGCCCAGAUUGGCAUAUAUUGCCUCACAUAUGUACAGUCUUGCGUAAAUCCUAUAAUUUAUGGACUUAUGUGUAAGAACUUCCGCACAUGUCUACGACAUUACUGCAGUCGUAUCUGUUGCUGUAGAAAAUCUGAAGACAUUAAUGUAUUGACUAAUAUGUCAGGGGAGAUGGACUCUAGAAACAGUUCGGAUUCUUGCUUCAAACAAAAUCGUAUUGUAAUAACAUCAUUUCCUUCAAGCUAGUGGCUGGUUAAAACCAUCAUAUGAAAAAUAAGAGAGGUGCAUUCAAAAGCACGCGUAAGAAAGUGUGAUUCAUAUUCUUGAGGGCAUUAUCAGAUAACGUUUCGUCCCUGGUGUCUUUAUUUUGACACCCUAUAAAUGUUCAGUAUAACAGUUUAUGUAAGCCAAAAGGAUAUAAAUGACCUCCUUUUAAGGCUCAUUUAUGAAAUCAGUGUUUGAAAAAGCAGCCCUCAAUCACGAAAGGAGUAUGGCCA